AUGGACAGUCCGAAGUCUCUUUUAAGUGAUGUUGUCAAGCCUGAUGUUGACGAAAAGUUAGUUUAAUACUUCAUUUCCGUCCUUUGUUCGGCCGCCAGCCGACCUGAAUAUUCUUGCUUGACCACUUUCUUAUGUUGAUUUUUAUCUGCCUCUGUUGAGGCACAUUUCUGUCACAGGUACUUCUGCACUUUUCAUUUUCCGCCUUUGCUGAAAGGUAAUGCUACGUAUUAUUGGCAGGGCGUGUUACUAUGCCCUGCUGUUUUAAUUAUUAUUCUUCAUGGGUCGUCAUUCAUAACUGUUGGUCGUUUUUCCACGGCCACACGCAAUUGUGAAAAUGUAGCUUAUCUAACUAUUCAGGAGUGUUGGACGCCGUCGCUCUUUGCUGACCCACUCCCAUCGCCGCACUCCUGAUUAAAAUGGUGUUUUGAAAUGCUAUACGCUCCAUCUUCGGUAUGUCUUGCCCCGUGUUCCACGCGACUUCGACGCCCGCGUAUAUUUACUACGCAGCCUUCCUUGUUGAUCUACACCCAAUGUACAAUACACACUUUAAUUUAGGAUACUUAACAAAUGGUCUCGGGCUAAUAUGUUUGCAUCCCCCAUGAAAUCGUGGGUAACUGCAUGUAUGGACGUUAGGCAUCAUUUGCAUCGAACGUUUUCAAAUAUCUCGGCUGCGAGGUUUAAUUUGAGAUCAAAGUUAUAGCUGCGGCCUGCCUUCUGCUUCCGCCAACGAACAUUUAAAUUGUGUAAAUUCUUCAGGUAACGUUGUUUCGUUCAGUGACGCCUUUACUUGCGUCUCCGUUGUCGAACCCUACGGCAUUCUCAUCAGCAAUGUCGUUAAUGCAUACGGGUGCGCGUCCGCCGUUUACACUUAUUCGCUGCCCAGCUGACGCACGAUGCCGUCGCUUGAUUAACACUGCACGCGCUUGUACAAGACUUAUCAAUGUACGCUGUUAUAGGCGCAUGUGCUCGCCUUACAAGCAUCUGCGUGCUGACGACGACUUCAGCACGUUCGGCCCGUGUCAUUGCCGUUACGAUUCGCUGGUCCUCGCAAAAGAUUUGAUCUUUUGUCCCCCGUAGAUUGUUCUCUAGUAUUAUUACUUAUCUUGCAUUAGUGCACUUCUUAGGCUGGAAGACCUCCGCCGCCCUCAUUUUGAAAUUGUAUCUUACCUGUCGCAGGGUCCGCAACUAGCAUACUUUCUUACCUCUGAGUGCUUUAUCUGUGUGGUAAUUGCGAGACUAUUUAUUAUCGGUCGUAACUACCUUUUUUUCGAAAAAUUGUUUGAUCUGAUUAUGUUUUCGACUUGUGAAACAUUACAUUUCCCUCUAAAUGUACGUUUCUCAAGCAUCAUAAAAGAUAUCUUAUCCCUUCAUGUCUCUACAACGUGUUCACCAGUGCUUUUAGUCAACAGUCUACUGAAAAAGUGCUAAACGAAUAUUUCCAGCCCAUUUUCCGCACCAUAUUUCCAUGUAUAAUUUGUUUGCACCUACUUUUCUCUCCUUAGGGACUCGGAUGUAGUUCGACUUUCUGAGUUUGCCAGUGUUUGCAGUUUCAUCUGCUGCUUCGGCGAACAGUUGGGAGUUUUUCUUACAAUACCACGAAUAGGUGAUAUUUUAUCCUGCAAAACCCCAAGUAAGUGGCUGCUUAUUACCCCGACAAUUUCAUGGAAUUUUGACAUCAGCUUGUUUUGUUAUUGUGAACCCCCUUCUACGGAUUUUCCUUAUUAGAGCCCCGUAGAAGUUAUGUUCCUAAUCGCAUAAGUCGUUGUGUUUAUGCCUUCUAGUCGUUCUAUUUAAUGCUUUCAUUACCAAGGGGUUUAAUUAAUUAAGUCCUGGUGAAGAAUCUGUUUUUACUUGGACCUUUCAUAAACACGCGGCUGCACGAAUUUUGGCCACCUUUCUAGACCAGUAGAUUGUUAGAUUAUUAACUUCUUCCUGAAUUAAAUGCACGCACCAGGCAGUUAAGCACAGAUUACGACAGUCUUGUACCUCAGCCCAUCAUUGUGCUUUCUGAAAUCUCUUGGUCUGUAGCCAUAUCCACAGGGGUAGAAUCGGACGACUGGUACCUAUAUCGCUUCUGGAGCCCCUUGUAAUUAACCUCUGUUCCCUUUUUACUGACCGUCUCAAUGUAUUCCUAUGUCGUCGGGUCACUUGAAACUUUGUCCAACAAUCCCUGAAUCAUCUUCGACCGCAGUGUAUUUACUCCAAUCCUCUCUGUUUUGUUCAGGUGACACGGAGGUUUUAAGUACGCUCGUGGUCAAACUUCUCAAUAAGGCUCGUUUUUGGACAAGAUCCGACCGCUGGCAGUCGUCCCUUUGUAGGUUAAUUCGGACUCUGGCAUACAACGAUCCAGAAAUGAUGGCAGUCAGUGAAUCUCUAACCAUUCAACAGCAUCAGGAUACUGUUGGGCUUCCGAAGCCAAAGUCAUCAGCUUCCGCCAAUGAGGAUUGCUCCUUUCCCCUCGUGCCCCUUAAUUUACGUGUUAAGCUCUUCCUCUUCCUCCUUGAGAGUCAGUUUGAAAGGAAUCCGUCUUUUAAGGAAAAAGUCAAAGCAAUUUCUCCGCAAACUCUCCGUCUUCAGUGUAUCGGCUGUGAUGUAUGGGGCAACUCUUACUGGCUGUUCGUCGAUGCUGAGUAUAACUUCUUGUUUUACCGCGAACCUCCCACAGACGGUUUGCUUGAGGCAAGUUGACGCGUUUAAACUCCCCUUAUUCCGAAAUUAAUUGACUCACGUCUGCCAUGUUUUGUUCCGCACAUUUAAGAGAACAUAGGUUUACGUCUUUGAACCCUAUCAAGUUUUGGCAUGCAUUUGUUCAUCUCUUUUAGGCAACCCAAACAUACGUGUAAUUCCUCUUCUUAAGUUGUUUGAUACAGAUUCUUUUGAUCCAUUCACAACUACAAACUCGCCUCUCCUGAGAUCCGCCGUAUCAUUUAUAGUGGCCUCCUGUCGAGGCUGGUUUUUCAGUUUGUUCCUGGCUCUACCACUGGCCGAAUGUCACAUUCCUGCGAGUCUCAUAGCCACUAUCAUCCCACCCAUGCUUGUAGUAUCUUCCAAGUCACCCAUUAGUUCUUUUUGUUUCAUAGUCUGUUUCUUGAUUUCGAUGUAAUUAUUCACUUGUUCUCAGUGAGGCAUGGAAAAUCCUUCUGAUAUUUCAUCAAUAGUGUCGUCUCUCGGUGCCUUUUCUUUUAACUUAUAUAUCCAGUUCGCCGAUUCUGUGGGAACCUAGAAAACUUUAUAAACACCUUUUAUGCUAUUGUACGGAAGGUAGGUCGAUACGCAUAAAUCGGCCACUUCGUACUGCUUUGCUGAGCUGGUUCAUCCGCCAUAAAAGAAAUGCAGUUAGUCUCGACCGUACCUUCUCCCGCGAGUCGUUGUACAAACGCCAAGGCUAGUCACAUGCAAGAUGCUUUCACACCUCUUGCUGGAGGAAAAUUUCAUUUAGUGUUCAUACGCGGGAUUCCUGGACACUCACCUAUGAAAACGCUUAUUGCCAAGUUUUCGUCUUAAGUUAGUGAUAAUCAGUCUUGUCAUUAUUUAACUUGUCGAUGUUAGUACGUACAUUUUUCAUUUUUUGUGUGACCGACCUCACCUUCAUCUCCAUAAUCGUAAUGUUGUGUUCGAAGUAUUUGUCCUCGGCCCUCGUGGCAGUUUAAGUCAUUGGACGUCUUUUUUCUACAGUAAUCAAAUUUUUGUCCCAAAAUACUCCGAAUUCAAUGGCUAAAAAGACAAAUGGAAAUAGUUUAAGCAAAAAAGGAAGGCUUAGAAUACCUAGCAACAGUAACAGCAACAAUCAACGAGGACCCCAGUUUCUAUGUCUUUGUCUUAUGACACUUCUGAAUUUUUCCAGGGGUAGUAUAACUGACUGUCGGCAGGCUGAGUUGCAGUAGAACGUGUGGCAGCAGCCUCGACAGUUCGAACAAGAUAUCUUUGCAGCUGUUCCGUUAGAAUAAGCGGGGUGAGCGGUAUCCUCGAGAAUUCAGUCGCGAAGUUCCUGACUGUUAUAAAGUACUUGCGUUGAUACUUCUGACUCGUGGCAGUUUUCUGGAAUUUUUUUUUUCCCAGCAAUGAAACCGGCCAAUAUUUAACAUUCAUUCGCAGUUUUAGAAAUUCCUCCGUCAAUCUUGGUUUGACUUUCCAUCCUCCUCUAAAACCAUGAUUUUCAUAGGUCUGGUGAUGGGUGAAGUGUUCCAAUGGUCAAAGCAGUGUCUGAUAUUUCACUGUCAUAUUACUACAUCUUCAUCUGGAGAAUGUGUGGUCUGGUAGCGCGCUCUGUCGUUUUUAUGCCCGAGUUCCUCUUUGAAUCAAGUAAUUUCGUGCCUAAACCAGUUUAUUUUCGAAUGCCGUUUUGUGACCUCCAGAAAAGCUUAGUCUGCUCGUCCUAUUUUUCCCCUUUAGUUCAUAUCGAACUGCCCAGCAACCCUCCAGAAGUUCCUGGAUGAACUUGCGCAAAAGCCUAUUCAUGAUAAGUCGUUCUCUGACCUGUAUGCCGAGUACGAUGCAGAAAAGCUUGCGAAGCCAGACUCAACCCUUAAUCUCAGACAACAAUCUUCCAGUCCCGCUUCAGUCAAGUUGGACCCAGUGUCGGAACUCUCAACGGACAACCAACUGCACCUCAAAAAGGAAUCCCCCGAUUCUGUAUCGACGAGAGAUGUUGAUAAGUUGGACUCCUCAAACCCACCAUCUCCUGAGGGGAUAACCAGUAAGGAGGAUCCUUUACCUUGCGUUCAGUCCCCUCCUCCGCAUUCACUGUCCGCAAGCCAUCCGUCAGACGUUACGGAGACUUCCGAACAGGUAGAAGAGGAAGAGUGCAAAGUCGAUUUGCCGAUUGCCUCCUUGAACGGCUGUCUAAACUCAGAGGCAGUCCCCUCAGCUACAGAAAACCACAGAUCUCCGUUAGCCCUGACGCCGUCGAACUGCAAUUCGUAAGUGCUAGGGCAUGGUCCAUGCUGUAGUUAGUUAUUAUUGGACUCGAUCAUGCUAGUUUUAUUUCACAAAUGUCAGGAGUGACUAGCUUCUCAAUUAGAUCCUAGAAUCCCCCUCCUGUUUUUUUCUUUUCUUAUGCAAGACUUUAGUUUAUUGCGUCGAAGAACAAAUCGAUAUACAAGCAACGGUAUAAAUUAUCAAGUUUGUUCGGGCUUAUAAACUUAAGUACUAGAUAAAACUGACGAGACUGAAAUUGUUGCUUACCCCAACUGACCCGACAUCUUUCGAUGUUUUUAUUCACUGAUUGUCACCGUCUCCAACUCAGUAGCUGCAGUUGUGCAGACAUCACUGCGUGUCAUGAGUGAAAUCCUCCACUAUUUUACGACGACCAAAUGCAGACUUUUCGGCUUUUUGACGCUUUUUUCUUGACCCCUGGCACUACGAACGUUGAAUAGGUCCAAACUCCCAUGGCCUCGUAUUCAUGUAUUGGUGAGUCUGUGCCACGCGUUAAUGAUAUUAGCCCAUUACCCACUCAGGUAUUUGACGCCAAGACCUUACCAUGACGAUUACAGUGUAGCAAGUAGUGAAUGGCAGUAAAGUCAGUUGUAAACCACCAGAUUUGCUGCCCGCAGGAUUGGCGAUGCUUCAUAAUACGUCGAAAUGCAAAUUAAGCGCCAUCGCCUGGUUACCGCUACGGCUCGUUUGCUUUCUGCGCGCGAGAUUUUUCUAACCUCUUCAGCAAGGCAACACUGAAAAUCUUGACCCAUAUGCCAGACUGUCGACGCAGCACUAGCAUCGGGAAGUCCUGUUCCCACUGUUUGAGAUGGGGCACCUAUGCCAGGUCUUUCCUUGAUGUGCUGGAUGAUUUAUUGCGGCGGAGAGCAAUCUCCAACGUUCAGGUUUAGGGCACCUGCCAAAAAUCCAUCGUCGACGAAUGAGCUUGUUAUUGGCCCAGCCCUCGGCUGUCUUAUGCCAUAAUUUUAGAGGCCGGUGGUGUGGGCCGGAAUUUACACGUAUGCAACGGAAACGUUGCAUAACUUACCCCUCAGUCAGCUUGCCACUGACAAAUUUUCAGACUGAAGUACAGACGUGCACCCUCCGAAGUACGACACCGGAAGCGUUGUACUGUCCUGACCUUCGGGAUGUCCAUCUGAGGUAACUCUCGUCAGCGCGACCAAUCCAGAGGCCGACAGCUGUUCCUGUAGCCGUGUGUUUAAAAACACACAGUUCCUGUCUUUAGGGGGUUGUAAGUCCUUCACCCUCCCGCCCUCCUUCGGCCUUGUCUUUAAGAUUAUUCACCAGCCGUCGUAACGCCACCAGUACUUUCUUCGGGUGUGGACUUAUUUAUGGGUUUUGCGAACUCAGAUUCAAGUACAUGUCUCAACGGUCACUUGGUCCUUACGUGAUGUGUCGUAGUUGGUGAAGAAUUUAAAGUUUACUUUUUUCCUUGAAUGAGCAACACAUAAUUGGAGGCCCGAUCAGUAAACGCAACCCAUCACCGGUACGUCUUUUGCCGCCCCCUCCAUUGUAAAUGAUGCGGUUCGUAUCGAGGGAUAUUCGUUGUCAGCCAGAGUCACAUGUAAAUUUCGGAUUUACUCGAUUGAGGGCGCGCAACCCUACUAUUUUUCACCGAAUAAUUUAUGAUAGACACGUUCAGGUCGUGACAGGAAAUCCUAGAUGUUCUAAUUAGUUUGUUCGCCCCUCCCCCACUACAGAACCUGCGAGGACCAUUCUUGUGAUCGCAGAUGUAACGGGCUAAAUUGGGAUUAUUUCGGUAACAUUUGACCAAUGCUCCCAAUAAUCUUUAUACUGGUACCGAUCCAAGCUUAAGUUUACAAAUUCAUGCCGCGAAAGAAUUAUCUGUUCUUGCGCGAAGGUAUUCGCUGAUUUCUCCGAGAAUUUCUUCAGCCUGACUGGUUGGGCGUUUUUGGAGUUAGGAAAACCACUGACGGACAUGCGUCUUUUAGCAUUCAUCUGGACAGACUGCCGCAACUCCGCACACGCUACAUUAGCAAGUCUCGUCCCUUCCUCAAAAAGCUGAUAAUUAAUUGUUCAGUCGCGAAACUGUUCCUUCGAAGAUCUUUUGAUUUGUCCAACACCUCGACUGGUGAUGAUUGUCCUCUUGAUAGGUCUGGGCGAUCUUGAAUUUUGCUCGCCCCAAGAUUGUUUUAAGACUGUCUGGCUGCCCGUAAAAAUGUCCAGCCUGUCGUUCAAGGUAGAAUGCAUUUCAACUUUUGCUUUGGACAAUGGACCUCCCGCGAGACGACCUGUGUGUUUUAUCUAGAAACCUUACCGAUUUCAGUGUAGGGACCACAAUUACUUGAAGUUCUGUGUACAUGGGGAUGUCCGACUUCCUGUAGUGUUUUUUUCCAAAACUCGCCGCAACUGUUCCGCUGAGGUUUUAACCUCAGUAAGCUUGUUCGCUCUAACGUAAUCAGGUAAAAUGAACAACAAGGGUUGUUCAGUGAUAUGAGAACAUGCAUUUACGGGUAAGAUUGUAAGUAGCAGUUGGAAGGAGAGGGGAUCAACGAUAGGGAAAUAAGGAGGCGGAAAAGCUAGAUGGGGGGGGGGCGGUAGAACACAACGAGCAUCAACCUGCACAUGAGAUUGCCACCACACUAUCCGGUGUAGGAAGAUGAGAGUUCCUCACAUCUGGUUUCGGUGUAACACCAUGUCCUUAGGUUUCAUCAAACGAUGACGGAUUGUUUCGAUGGGCUAUGCCUACUCUGGUGAGUUCUAAUAGUCCAAAGACCGCUCCAGAGGCUGCUUCAAUGUAGGGAGUGGCCCUACAGAUUUUGGAUUGCCGCUCUUUUAGCCGUCUCCUACCCACUCGGUAUCCACUUUGCCCGUUAAAAUGGCUUGCUUGUCCAUUGAUCCUGUAGAGCUUGUUAGGGUAUAUUCGUUCAGCAUUCUUAUCGGCUAACGUGCUGUAGUGUGUUUCAUCUCUUCAAAAUAGAGUGCAGGUACAGCAUGGUUUGUGAGACGGAUGGUGAUUGCUGUUGAAAUGUGUAUUCGUCUUGUCCUGACGACUUUCCCAAAUACAUCGGCUGCACUUCCCCAGUCGCACACCGACGUGGGAGGACGUCGAGGAAGGUAAUUUGGUUGAACCCCGCAUUCACCGUCCCCUAUGCCGAAGUCAGAGGCUACAGGGGGUGGUCUGAUUGGCCCGCUAGCCGUAUGAAAUCAGCGCGUAACUGCAGUAGACGAUCUGGAUUAUCCGAAGGUGUCGGGACCAAGUGCAUCACCAAAUCUUCUUUGCUUGGACGAAAGUUUAACUCUCACAUCUCCCGCCACGAUAAUAACACCGAAACGUUCGCAUUAUGUCUUAGGCUGACACUACUUCCCGAAAGUGAUCCCUCGCUUAAUGCGAUUUGGCCCUAGGGACGUGCAUAGCGGUUAUAAACCAAAGGCGUCUGGAUUCUCGGUUUAUGCGCUGUUGCCACUAAAAUGCACCGUUCACCGGAAUUUAACCUGUUCACUCCUGGUAUGUAAAACGGCUGAGGGUUAUUUGUGCCUCUGGCCAUUAACUAUCCUCCGGAGGAAUCUAGUUAAGGAGCUCUAGGGAUCGCUGCAAACAUACACUGUAUGUAAGUUACCUUCUCAUCUGUGGAGAUCACAAGCGAGGGCAGUUUACCGACCGACGUGGUAGAGGUUACGUCUGUCGAUUGGCUACCUAUAUCUUCGGGUCAAGCAGUUCUUGGUCGUUGCUCAAGGAACACGAUGAGUGGCUGUUUUUGUUUUAGAAGGAUGAGCGCUUAAAAAUGAGCUCGGUGAACACACAGGGCUGGGUGGUAUGCCAUUGCUUCCCAUCCACAUUCUGCAGCCAUAAUAGGCAGUAGGCCUAACCAGUCUGCGUUGUGGAAAAAAUAGAGUUGGUGUAGGCUCAUUCUCCUCACUUAUCUUCGUUCCUCGCCUUUCCCUUACAGAGCUGACAUACCGAUCAAUAACACCUGCGAAUCACUCGAACCGUCGGAGGGCACAGGGAAUGUGAAGGUUACUCACAAAUCUAAGAGGAAGUCAGCACUGGAAGCUGAUAUCAGCGCGCAACCUCCCCGGCGUAGUGGACGUCAACGAAAACCGGUCGAGUUUCUCACUAUGGAGGCGUUCAACCCUCCAAAGAGUUCUAAGAAAAAGGCACUUGUUGUCAAAAAGGCCUCAACAGAAUUUGGCAAAGAGAGGCGUGGAAGCAAGAGUUUUCCCGCAGUAGAGAAUGGCGUCUCCAAGUCAGUGACCAAGAAGAAGCGACAUCGGCGUGGCCGUGGCAGAAAAAAGUCCAAACGGCGAAAGGGCUCUCAGCCCUGGAUGUGCUCUCCCUCUCAAUCUGAAGGCGAGGAUGUCCUGGAGGCUGAUUUUGAGCUUCAGGACAGUAAUGCGGAAGAUGAUUCCCCCCAAAGCUCGCCUUCAUCCCGCGCUAGGGAUUGGCUAGACGAGGUGGAGAGUGAUUUUGACGUCAAUGCCUGCCUGGAUGGGGAGGAUGCAUUGACUGUGAAAAUGGGACGCAACAUGGAACGGCAGAAGCGACGUUCCACCACAGCCACCGCUGCCGAGGUCGCAGCGACCGAAAUGUGUGAUGAUGACACUCCCUGCCAGGUCUGCGCCAAGUUCGGCUCUCCCGAAUGGUUAUUACUGUGUGAUCAGUGUGACCUUGGUUUCCACGCCAUGUGUCUGCGUCCAGAACUGCACUUCAUCCCCGAGGGCGACUGGUUCUGUCCACGCUGUCUGCACGCCCGCCUCCUCACCGAUGUAGCCGCGCGCCUUGAGGAGCUACGUGUAAAUAAGGCCAAACUGGAGGCCACUUCUCGUAUGCAGGAGAGACUGAACUUUGUCAAUGUCAGCGUCACUAACAUCAUUAACGAGGACAAUCGUAGAGCCAAGGAGGCUGCUCGUCAAGCCUCGCGUUGGUACCUCGAUUCGUCUGGGGAGGACGAUGAAGAAGAUGGCGAGAGUCGAUCCAGCAGUGAUGCAGGUUCUUUCAUUAACGAGGAGAGUGAUGCUGGUCGACGGCAGCGCUCUCGGCGCAACCUCCGUCAUCGUCGCACGACUCACUCCCGAGCAGCAGCCAAGCGACGCCGUGUGUCCCCCGACUCAGAUGCCUCCUCAGACUCCGCUUCCUACUCCUCCUCUUCUUCUUGUGAAGAUAGUCCAGCCCCUGUUCGUGCAGCCCGACAGCGCGUCACUGCCCAGUACGAUGUGAACGCGGCGUUCAAGCAGUUAGAUGUUCUGCUGGACGCUGAUGAGAAAUAUGCGUCUAUUAAGCAGGCUCGUAAGGAACGGCAGAGUAGGAAGCACAUCCCCGCAACAGAUGGUGCGGAAGAGGGGCAGGAAGUUGCCAGUUCUGGCGAAGGUUCAGUCGAAGAUUCAUGCCUCACCGGUCGUCGACCAAAACCAAAAGUACUCUCCUCUUCCGAUUCAGAAGAGUCUGCUUCUGGGGAUGGUAGUCAUACUGCUAGGAGGCGACGAAAUAGGCGUUCCGGCAGCGAGGAAUUUCGUCCGGAUGAGGAGGAAGAAGAAAGCAACUCCUCCAUCAGUGAAGAGGGAACUUCGUCUUCCAGCACUCCGUCGUCCGAUAACUGGUUGUCUAGCCGUCGUGCUCGCCGGUCAAAUGCCAGAAGGAACGGACGCAGUCGGAACAGACCUCGUCGACCGAUUCCACGCUUCGAGGAGGACUCGAUAGGUAGCGAAGACGAGAUUAAGCCGACGCGGCGGUAAGUAAUGAUUAUUUGCCUUAUGACCUCCCAUUACAUCAUGUUCGCGGUUAUGGCUCCUGUAGUUUGAACCUCCGCCUGCCAUGCUAUGGGUCAAUCAGUGUCAGCACCGUUGUGGAUCUCGGAAUGUUUUCCUCUGCUAGUUAGACUAACCUAAAUCAGCAACCUUCGCCCACUGGUGUUUGACAAUUGCUUUGUCUAGUAAAAUUGAGGAAACUUGCCAGCUUAUCGUCAGCUGACAGCGAUAUCCGCUGACUGCUAGUCUGCCCCCACCUUUCGCCGGUCAGACUCUGCUCUGCGGUACUGAACAUGACCAAAGGUACAAGAUCUGGCCUAUCUCAUGAAAUGUUAACCGAAAUUCUGAAAUGUGUUUUCAAUUAGAAGGGAUUACCGAGGGGAGAUCGUAAUGUUUAUUAUCCCGCAGCACAAUCCCAAAAUAUUUCGGUCACGCUAGGAUGCCGGCCUUCGAAUGGGUUUCUUUCCAGCCGUCUACGAGUGGCAAAAUGGCUGCUUAAGUAACGUGAAAUUUUCCCGCUGAUUUUCGGUACCCUUGUAAAUUCGAACGCAUUUUGUAGAAAAAAAAACACCAGACUUCUUUCUUGUUCUCAUUUGGUAGUAACUUACGUCUUAUUCGGAUUUUAGGCAUUAUACUAAUCUUCGGUCUUAAAAAGUUUGUAAUUAUGAGAUUUUCUAAGAUCAUGAAGUGUCCAUUCAAAUAACAUCAGAUCUGUCCGGCUGUUAAUGCUCCUUUUGAGGUGUACAACACGGUCUACAUCCAUUGCAAAAUUUUACUAGCCCUAUUUGACGUAUUCCUAAAGGCUAAUGCAUGACUUUCGUUGCAUGGAAAAUAUGCAGCUUGUAGGUUGGAAACCUUCAGCGCAAGUGCGACUGCGGGUCGGUUCCAAAAUUUUUCGGGAAUUGUAAAACUUUUUUAAAAAUCGAAAGAUACCCUUUCUGGGGUAUACAACUAAAACCAGACAUAAGUUGGUGUCAUUUGAGUGCAAAAGUAAUAUUUUUGCAUGUUUUUAUAAAACAUUUUUGUUUAUAAGAGUACACAAAAUCGGUGAAAAAUGCACACAACUUAGUAGUUGAUUUAUCGAAUGUGGUUUUUUCAGGCGGCCAAAACGAAGCCCAUUUGAAAGUCGGCAUCCUAGCCUGACUGAAAUAUCUUGGGAUUCUGCUGCACAAUAAUCGAUAUUACAACCCUGUCUAAGUUAUCCUUUCCAAUCGAAAGCACACCUCGGAACUUCGGUUAAUAUUUCAUGAGAUAGAUCUGAUACUGUAGUCGGCUGCCAGACAAUUAGAGGCGUAAGUACUGAUAAAUAGCAAUGCCAUUGAAAGGGUUGUAGACAUGAGUCAAUGCUGCAAUGCAUAUCAGGAUUGGCAGGAAUUGCUUCUGUUUGAAACCAUUUCCAGUCAGGCAUUGCCCUAAAGAAUCGCCCUUCUACCGCCCGUCUUGUCGAUUUUCUCCGGUACUGUUUUUUAAGCAGUGUCUUGUGUCAGAAACAAGGGAGCGAAAUUCCUUCCUUUUUCUAACUAUCCCCCGCCAAUUGGCUUGCGCGCCGAUUCAGAGCCAAUAUCCAGCAUGGCGAUCCAGUGUUCCAUAAUAUCAUAGUUAUCGGCUUUCGUAGUUCCUUUUAAUCCAGUUUGACUGCAUUACUUACCUAAAAUUCUGACUAAGCGUUGUAUACUGUCAGUAUUUGGCAGUAAUUCUUUCUAAUCCUCCGUAGGUAUAUAACCGUUUCCCAUGACGACGACAGCCUAACAAACAUGCAUAUGCGCAUCGUCCGGGGCUACGCUUUGGGCCUGUCUGACUGCGUUCAAUUGCUUUCCAUUAGAAUGGAAUACUACAUAUUAGCCGCCCUUGAGCACUGGUAAAAUGCUAGGAAAAUCAGUCAUUUAUCCUUUUCACUUUAACCUGCGCCUCUUCAUUUGUUCAAGACGGGCCGCCAGACGUGUCAACUACAAAGAGCCCGACAGUGAGGAAUAUGAGGAGGAGCCUACUGUCGACGGAGAAAGAAGUGCAGUCUUUGAAAACUCCCCAGCGCGCACGCCACCGCAGUCUUCGGUUUCUGGUCGAGUACGUCGCAUCCUCUCAGACAGCGAAUACGAACCCUCGACGUCAGAGAGUCCAGACGACGGGGACGGCCCAGAGGUCGGGGAGGAGAGCGUUGUGCAGGGAAAUCACAUGCGACUGAAGCCUUCGCAGGGGGUCCUACCCAAUACCAACCAGCCGUCGCCUGCGUCCUCCCAACGUGAGCUCUUUUCAUGCGACGAGGAUAGCGGUCGUGGAGUAGGCAGUGGGGGUCUGGCUGAUGCACCCGGUUUGUCGCCGAAGCCCUGCAAAACAUUAUCUGCAAGUCCCCUUCCCUCACCCGUGUUUGAAGGGUCUGAAACAUCAUCUCAGCGACUGCAAGCGCCUCUUGGAAGUCCCCAUUUUUAA